AUGGCGCACUUACUAUCGAAUGCAGUCCGUAAUUCUUUCAACACGAAGGUCGCGUACACCGACGUUUCUUCGUUGAAUCCUUUUGUCCAUGAAUGGAGGCUCCGAGUAAAGAUACUAAGGAAGUUCGUGCGAUGUUUUGGUAAUCAUAACACCGUGGAUCUAAUAUUAGUUGAUGAAAAGGGCCAGAAGAUACAUGCUGUUAUUGACGGUGAUUAUAUCGAUCGGGUGUGUCGAAGGAUUACCGUAGGAGAUUGGAUCAGUCUUCGAGGUUUUAAGCUGACUUUGGCUUUGUAUCCUUUUAGACCUGUUCCACAUCGAUUCAUGCUUAGGUGGCAAGAUACGACUGUUAUGAAGAAAAUAUCACCUGUUAGCUCCAAUAAUUUUUUUUCGUUUGCAUCUUUUGACGAUGUGAAUAGUGGUAUUUUAGAUCCAGCCGUCUGCGUUGAUCUGAUUGGCGAAAUCAUUAAAGUUGGAAACCCUAAGGAAGAUGGUGGUCCUAAUAAUGACUGGAACGAGAUAUAUUUCCAGCUUCAAGAUAAAACGGAUAAUAUUCUGCAAUGUAGGUUACCAAAAGACUAUGCCAACGAUUUCUUUAACAAAUGGAGGCAUUGCACCGAUGAUAUUUUGAUAUGCAUCAUGCGUUUUGCUAAACUUGAAGUUAAUUCUGGUUCGUGGUUGGCGACUUCUGCGUAUACAUGCACGGAGAUUAUGAUAAAUUUUCCUUGCCAAGAGGUUACUGAUAUGAAGCAUGCAGUAUUGACAAGGGAAUGCAUGCAGCGUUGAU